UAAGCGAUGGAGCAACCCCAGCUGGAAGCUAAUUAAAGUUGCGACAAAACAAAAGCCAGUUGCCAGUUGUCCGUCAGUUGUUCUCCACGGAGCAGUUCCCGUAGAAUUGCACUCGGUACUUUGGAGUGUUUGCAGUCCCUCGAGCAGUCCGCCAAGUGGCAUCCAAGGAAGAAUCUGUUGGUUAGGGGUUUCCCAACUUUAUUACACCCUCUUUGCAUUUACACAUUUUGGUACAUUUUGAAAUAGAAAAAGUGAUAAAGAUAGACCAGAAUGAACGAUAUCUUGUGUUUCCAAAUCUUAUCUUGAAUCCUGCGAACCAAGCAAGCCCAACACUCAAAUAAUACCUGGCAUUUAACAAGGCAAAUAUGUCCUGCAAUGAGAAAACAGCGCUGCUGGCCACACAGCAAGGACAUUAUCAUCAGCAGGAACAGCACAUUAUUGUCCUGCCGUCCACGAGAAAGGAUCCAGGGGAUUAUGAGCCCAUUUACACAACGGCUGACUAUUCCUAUGGCCUGACUCUAGAGGAGUUGCUGCCCUUUGCCCUGGAUCCCUGGUGGCAAAAAGUGCGACGCCUCUGCGUCGGGGGCCUAGGACUUGCCUUCUUGCUGACCCUGAUAGCCGGACUGGCUAUGGCUUAUUCCAGCAGUGCCUGUCAGCCGAACAGAGCAAUUAGCGGGAAUGCCACCGCCACAACACUUCCCGCCCCACUGUUCCUGUCCACGAAUGGUACCACCGCCUCCGUCAGCAGCACCACCCAACUACUGCUGGCCAGUUUAUAGCCUACGGAGCCGACUAAUCUGCGGAACUGAUGGCGAUGCUGCAAUCCCCCACGAUGAAUUGCAUCAGCCACACGCACAAGACGCAUUUGUUUGGCUUGCCGGGUGUAGUGGAUGCGGAUGCGGAUGACUGGUGAUGGAUGCGGCUUUCACACUUUACCCCAGUUACUAAGUGUUUACGCCGUAGAUGCGAUAAGCCGCGAUGUGUUGCUCGGCGGAACCAAUUGAUUGUGGGACAAUUGUGUUUGUUUACAUGCCAGAUUACUGCAGUCGUCAUUGUUCGUAUCAACUGCUGAGAUAUUUUCUUAAUUUUAAAUGAAUAUAAACGCACCUUAAUUAAUGGUUUAGGUAAAAUUUUAAAGCAAAAUCAUACAUCCCUUUAGGAAAUAACAGUGUCAUAAGUAGGUAGGCUUAUAAAACUAAAUAAAUACGAAAAUAAAAUUACUAUUAAACGAUCCUAUCAAACAA